AUGGGCGCCAAUCCAAUCGCCCUCGUCAGCGACAUACUGGCAAUUUGUGUCAAUGAUCAUUGGAAGGAUGAUGCCGGAGUGCAUUCGAAGCUUGUUGAUGCCUGUGUCGCGUUGAUCUCCAGCUUCCCGUGUUGCGUUCAAGCGCAAAUCCGGACGAAGCUUGAUGACUCCACCCCAGCACCAUCCUUCCAGUCCGCUGGAAGUCUUGAUAGAUGGAUACGCUGUGGAAAGGUUUUGAUUGAUAUUGAGUGGUCCUUUGGCUACGGCGCACUCAUGGCGCUGCAUGGCGUCGUCAAUCUUGUUCCAUUUGCCACGAAACCACCCGCCACUUGGAAACCUUCCGUAGACGAAAUCUGGAAGCGGCUGCAAGAACGUGACGCCAUGGCUCGUACGGUACGAUUUGCAAAGAGGGAAGAAGCGCUGUCGAAGUAUAUCUCUGAAGCAUGCGCUCCUUUAAACGCGCCGCCAAAACGAUCGAAACGAUCGAGAGGGCUCCAUUUGCAGUUGAAGCAGAAACCUUCCAGAACAGACGGCCACAGUACGACGGCAUCCGGGUGUACCCGCGAGCCCUCACGUACUGUUGCAGACCAAGCAGCAUCUACCAGCCCGCAGGAGCAGUCGUUCAUGCCUCGAUCGCCGGAGCCGGGGGGAGAAUGCGGAAGCGUUCUGGCAGUCGGCUUUCCCAUGCAACCCCCCGCGGGAAGCGGGCUUUACUCCACUCACGACGGUCUCUCUGGUUCUCGCGCGCCGCAGACGGGUAUGGACGUCGACUGUCUGCAAUACGCAGCUUCUUUGCCGACAGAGAACUCUGGGCCGAGUCAGUUAGCAUUUUCGAACGAUGGAAAUCGACAAGCACUCGGUGCUUGGUCAGAACCUGGCAUCUGGGGCGCACUCGAGGGAUUCGAAUUUGCUCCUCUACCUUUGCAGAAUGACCCUUACAAAAACCACUGCCCAGAACUGACUCACGCAUCAAUGGGCCUGCCAACAGUAUGGCUUUGA